CAAAACUUAUACAAAAAACAAAGUUUGAUUAUUCAUGCAAUUGAAAUCAUGCUUGGAUGAAUACAAAAACAUAAAAAAAAUGAAGUGGCAUUUUUGCAACGUCUGAACGCACCCCAAGCAAAUGGGAUUUGUACGAAAACAAAAAUCAAUACUACACUGUUGUCAGAUUCAAAAAAUAAAUACACUUCCAUCACAUUUGAAGAAUAAUCGCAAUCUAGCUAAUGACUAGCUUGAUAGCAGCUGUCUCUUGGUCCCUGCACUUGGUUUUAUUUGUUUUGGGUUUGAUUACUGCCACAUCCAGCGAAAUGAUUGCGGCCAUUGUGAGGCCUGGCAUCUUCAGGCAUGUUAUGUGCCGCAACAAUCUAUAUCCGCGGAGCGGAGUGCUGCGUUAUCCAGUGCCAGACGAGUUGGUGUAUUGGUCGGAGGAUUAUGGAGAGUACUGUCCGCCAUUUUAUACAGCUCCUCACAUAAAUGGACAGGUCUGGGCAGACGCGCCGUUGCCCAGUGAAACCUUCAAACCACAAUGGAAUCAGUUAGAUGGGAACGUAAAUCGUGUCUCCUAUCAUGGGGCCUAUCACAUUAAGGAUGGACUGCCACGAAAUCCAAUUGGACGGACUGGCAUAAGCGGUCGCGGCUUAUUGGGACGGUGGGGGCCUAAUCAUGCUGCCGAUCCCAUAGUGACUCGUUGGAAACGCAAUGACAGUGGCGGCAUGGUGAGCGAUUCGAAGACCGGAAAGAAUAUUCUACAGAUGGUGGCCAUACAACGGCAAGAUAACAAAUUAUGGGCCAUUCCUGGCGGUAUGGUGGAUCCUGGCGAGAAUGUUAGCGUCACUCUCAAGCGUGAAUUCACCGAAGAGGCACUGAACUUCACCGAUAAGGGCCUUAUGGUGGAGGAGUUCUUCAAAAGUGGCGGUGUCCAGGUCUACAGUGGAUAUGUCGAUGAUUUUCGCAACACAGACAACGCCUGGAUAGAAACAAUGGCACUAAACUUCCACGACCAGGAUGGUACCAAAGUUGGCCAAUUGAACUUGACAGCCGGCGAUGAUGCAAUGAAUGUGCGUUGGACGGAUAUGGACGGAUCCCUAAAGCUGCAUGCUAACCAUGCUGACAUGGUCAAAGAAGUGGCCAUCAGAUUGAAUGCCCACUGGUAAAAUAAAAAUGUCAAUAGGUUAUUUUUUUAAAUCAACAUAAACUUAUAAGAUCGCAAUUAAACGUAAGAUUAAAUUAUAAUAACAUA